AUGGCCUCGGCUGGAAGGGAUACGCAGGCCUGGAGAUGGCGAGAUAUUCUCCCCCAAUCUCUGGCUGGCGCUUUUCCUGAAGAUCCUCAGCCUCAUACAGAACCCGAUGAUGCUACUGGAAGUGCAACAAACAGCAGCCAUGAUCAUCACUACCCUCCACGUACAUGCCGUAUUUGCUUGGAGACAGUUUACCCGACUUCAGAGCCUCCGUCCGAACACUUGCCUAAGUUCCUCCAGUCCAAACCUCGCGUCCGUUAUGUGUCUCCGGACCCGGAGUUUGGCCGAUUAUUGCGACCUUGCAAAUGCAAAGGAUCAUCUCUCUAUGUCCAUGAGGGUUGCUUACAGUCAUGGCGACAUGCCGAUGCGCGGUACGGAGCCAGAAAUUACUAUCAAUGCCCUACUUGCAGCUUUAAGUAUCGAUUCGAAAGAGUAGUAUGGUCUCGGUGGAUUACUAGCACCAUGACCCAGCUUCUCCUCACAUCAUCAAUUUUGUUAUUUACCAUUUUUUUACUCGGUUUUGUUGCUGACCCUAUUAUAAAUCUUUAUCUUGACCCUCUGGAUACCAUUAUUGGUGCUGAAUACUGGGAUUCGACUCAGAUUGUGGACCUGCCAGAUUUACACGACAGAGAUUCUUGGGCGGACCAUUUCUUCAAGGGCCUCGCCUCUUUAGGGGUGUUGUCCUUUGCCAAGGCUAUUCUCGCAGUGUCUCCCUUUCGUUGGUGGCGUCUGGGUGGCCCAGGCUUUGGCAGCAGUCGCGGUCGAAGAACUGGUCGAGACCGAGUAGCUUCGGUUGGCUGGCUGGUCAUCCUCGUAGGUGUCGGGACGUUUCUACUAGCUGUAUACAGAGGCGUACGGCACUGGGCCCGCAAUACAUUAGAAAAAGCCAGUGAACGUGUCUUGGAUGUCCAAGGAGACGAUGACGAGGCCGAGCACGCCGACCCUUCGCCUGAGACUUCCGAUCAAGAUAAGAAAGAAGAAUAA